GGCCUAUAACCCCACUCGGCAGGGGGUCUGAAAAGCAGACACGGAUUUAUUAGGUUAAAGACAAGCAAAUCCAAAGAUGAAAAGCACGCGGAAAAUGGGUGCAGUCACCAACACAAAAGACCCCUUGCUGACAAGCGGCACCCCCAUCUUCCUUUAAACGAGCCCCCGCGACCCCCCUCUCUCUGGCCGAGAUGCAUUAUGGGGAAAGUCGUUGCCAUUCGACCUCUGCAGGGCCUGCGCGGACGCAGACAGAACCCUGAAAUUCAUUAUGCGUUUAAAACCUUUAUUUAUUUCCGCAUAACCUACAUACUCUCACCAGGAGGCCAAAGCGGAAAAAAACAGCGACCGCUUAUUAAAUUCGGAACAACGCGAUAGAAAUUACAAAAUACUUUAGAAUAUAAUAAUUAGCCGGAAGAAAUUUUGUAAAGAGAGUGUAGAUUCUAAUUUAUUAAGAAAAUGUCCGGAGAAAGAAACCGCAGGUCGCUGGCUUUCCGAGGAGGUGGAUUAGCCGUAACCGGUUCCAGUGGUGUCGGCAGCGGCAACAGUAACAGCUGGGAGGCCCAGGCCUAUCAAGACCGACAUUUGAACGGGAACAGGCCGGAGCAAGAAGAGGACAGGGAUCUGGGGGCAAAAGGAACAUCGCUAGGGCGAGUGGAGGGUGGGGGGUCCGUAAGUGAUAGCACAGAACCAGAGGCAGAGGAAGAAGAGGACCCGGAAGGGGGUAACUGGGGAGCCGGGGACGGAGAAGACCGAGUCGGCUGCCUGUCACCGACGGCGGGGGAAGACAGGUCCAGAGGAAGGUGCAGCUGGACAGCCGGGAACGGUGUGAGCAGCGAGGACGCCGCUGGUCUGGGCAGCGGUGGCACGGGAUCCGGAGAGGACGACAGGGGCGAAGCGGGGAGCGGGGGAGACGGAGAGGAAGCCGGGGCCAGGAAAGCUUGGGUAGAAAUGAGACCGCAAACGCUUCUUCAGAAACAUUCACUUUUCCAAGGUUCUUGGUUGCAGGAGUUCCCCUGGUUAAAAUUUUGCCAGGAGACGGGGCUGAUGUCCUGCUCUUGGUGUCACAACAUUGGCACCAACAGCGAUGAGCUGGUCAAAGGCAGUCGGAAUUACAAGCGGGCCCUGCUGCUGAGACAUCACCUGUCCUCGGAACACGGGAGGAAUGACCCAACAAAGCAGGAGACGGAGAGGCCCGGGGAGAUGGGCGACGCCGACGCCGAGGACUACCGGGGCAAGCCCAACGAGAACUCGUACUGCUACCAGCUGCUGCAGGAGCUCGACAAGCAGAGGAAGAGUGGCAUCCUCUGCGACGUCAACAUCGUGGUGAGCGGCCAGGUGUUCCGCGCGCACAAGAACAUCCUGGUGGCCGGCAGCCGCUUCUUUAAGACACUCUACUGCUUAACCAAGAACGAGAGCUGUGACCAAACCACCAUCACGCACCUGGACGUGGCGGCCGUCCAGGGCUUUUCCGUUAUCCUAGACUUUCUGUACUCGGGCAACCUCCUGCUCACAAGCCAAAACGCCAUCGAGGUGAUGUCGGUGGCCAGCUACCUCCAGAUGACGGAAGUGGUGCAGUCGUGCCGGGCGUUCAUCAAGGACGCGCUCAACAUCAGCAUCAAGCAGGAGGCGCCGGACUCGGUGGUGGUGGACUACAACAAGCGGCGGACGGUGGCCAAGGACGGCAAGGGCGCCGACAAGAAGCCCAGCAACUUCUGGGCCACCAGCAUCCUCUCCAAGCUGUCCAUCAAGGCCAGCAGCGGCGUGAAGGAGGAGCCCAGCGACGUGGAGGUGUCGGCGGGCGAGGGCUGCCCGCUGGGGAGCUCCGGCUGGGGCGGCGACAACUCGUCCGAGUCGGCCGAGAACGAGCCGCACGGCCCCGGGCCCGUGUUUGUCUGGAACGACGCGGCGGCCGCCAGCGCCAAGGCCGAGGCCCGGGCGGAGCCGGGCAGCGGGCGGCGGAAAAAGCAGGCCGCGCGUCGCUUCGUCUACAACAUCCCGCCCGAGCCGGAGGAGGGCUUCGACGAGGGCAUGUUCAUCCAGCCCUCCGCCUCCUACUCCAGGGAGGACUUCUCCUUCCUCUCGGAGAACGCAGAGCUGGCCAAUCAGAUCCAGUACAGCUUGCUUCAAGAUUCACAGCAAGGAGAAUCUUGGGAGAAUGGUGAGUCCUCGGACACGGCCCUGAACAAACUCAAGUGCCCCCACUGUAACUACAUCGCGAAGCACCGGCGAACACUAAAGCGGCACCUGAUCAUCCACUCCGGCGUGCGCUCCUUCAGCUGUGACAUCUGCGGGAAGCUGUUCACCCGCCGCGAGCACGUCAAGAGACAUUCCCUGGUACACAAGAAGGACAAGAAGUACAAGUGCAUGGUGUGCAAGAAGAUCUUCAUGCUGGCGGCGAGCGUGGGCAUCCGGCACGGCUCGCGGCGCUACGGCGUGUGCGUGGACUGCGCGGACUCUCACCAGGGCUCGCAGGAGGGCCUGGACGCCAUGCAGGACCUGGAGUUCUCGCGCGAGGACGACUUCGAGGAGACGGGCGAGGGCGACGAGGACCUGGCCGAGGAGGGGGAGGAGCCCAACGAGAUCGACCAAUCCAACUGGGAGGAGGGCGACGGCGGCGCGGUCGGCGGCGCCCUCGACGAGGACUAGCUCAGAAACAAACAAACAAACAAAAAAAAAAAAAUUUAAAUAAACAGCUGGGAAACAAUCAACAACUCCAAAGUGCUAUCAUUCUUCAUGGUUAUGCAUACAUGUAUUUGUAUGGCAAAGCUUUGGUAGAGAGGGACUCCAAGAUGUACAGAAUUAAGCUUCAGACUCCGGGCCAGUUGGCCCCAGGAGAAAGAGAAAUGUCUAUGAAAUCAGGUUUUUGGUGAUGUAUCUUUUUUAUUUUUAUUUUUUUCUGUAGGGGA